CUCGCCUCUAGCCAUACCUCCCCUCGGCGCAUCUACCGUAUCAAUCAUCCUGACAUACCGCCCCAUUCCCGGUUUCGACCUAUCUGAUUUCCGCCUUCCCCUCCCAUCCUCCCCCUCUCCCCUCCGGCGUCAUGGAUUCCCCCGCCGUCCCCGCUCCGCUGGAUCCGCAGGAACAGCCGAUUCUCGACCGGUUGCUGCACACUCGCGAUGCCCUCCUAUUGAUCAAACAGGACAAAUCGUCAUAUAUCAAAUCUCGCGACGUACUUCCCUUAUACGAGGAAGUCAUUGGGGAAGUGGAGAAGCUCAAUGCCGUGCGCAAGGAAGGAGACCGCCGGCUGUCACAUAACCGACUGGACUACGUUCUGGACGACUGUUUCCAAUUGAUCUCCCUGCUGUUCCUGACGGUGGGGCGCAACAACGAAGCUCCCGCAGUUUACUCUCUUGCGACGACUGUGCAGCGACUGCUUGAUCAUCUCGAAGAGGCCGGUUUCUACAGCUCGAAGGACCUUGACUCUAUCACCAAGACACUGGCCAACAUGAACGAGACCAUUGAACGUUGUCGCGACGCAUAUUCACCGGCGCUGCUGACCCUCCUGGAGAGCCGUCUGGAGAAAUGCCGACGGCUAUUAAAUAAACUGCAAAGCGGUCUGGCUGCCUUAAGCCCUGAGUUGGCGCCGACCCACGAGACCCUCGUGUCCAUCCUGCGGUCCACCUCCGCUGUCAAUACUCGGUCCAAGUUCUCCGCGACGGAAGUCAACGGACUUCGGAACCAGUUGAAGAAGAUCGAGAGCACGAUGAAAGACGGCAAUUUCGUGGGUGCCGAUGGAUCUCUACUUACCGGUCAGGACGGAUUGAAGGCCUUGAUGGAGCGCUGUUGGCGAUGGACGGAAAUCGUUCUCGAACGGGAGGGAAAAAUUGACGAACGCUUCCAGGAGCAGUAUGAGCGUCUGCUGGAUAUUCGCAACCAGCUGGACCGGUUGUCGGUGACCCAGGCGUGGUCGCUGCGGGAGACCGAUCUCUUCGGUUACCAGCGCAAGCUCGAUCGGAUCGACGAGGCACGUACUAACGGCAACUUCGUGGACGCGGUCGGACAGCCGGCAGAUAUCCAUGCACAGCGGACACUGCUGUACCUGAUCCGUCGGAGCUACGGAUACAUCUAUGCGCUGCUGAUCUCGUCGGAGCCCGUGUCGGAGGCACUCCUUCCCGUUUACAACCAGUUACAAACCUUGCGACGAUGUCUGCUCGAGGUCAAGGAGUCCGGUGGUGUGUCGAACUCGCGCGAGCUGUACCCAUACAGCAUGAAGCUCAACUCGAUCGAUAACAUGCGAAUCGACGGGAAAUUCUACGUCGGCAGUGACAUCCCCGAGGGACAGGGGAGUGUCAACGCCUUGCUCGCGGAAUGCUACGACAUUGUGUGGGAGCUGCGGGCGGCCGUGGUGGAUGAGGACGAGGGCGGCUCGUAGGAUGUUUUUCAAGAUAUGGCCGAAAUCCUUGUUAUCUUUUGGAUAUUUUUGUUUCUUUGAAUUAUGUAUUUAAUGACCGGGGGAUCUACAUGUGGCCGAUGUGCCUGGGAUAUAGGGAUUCAAGAAAGACGGAGGCUCAUUUGCAGGAUUGAGAAAUCGGGAUGGAAUUACCCACCGAGGGCGUUUUAGGAGUCGAGUGAUAAGAAUGGAAUGAAUUUGUGAUCCCAC